AUGGGGAACAAAACAAUGGAUGCAUAUUUAUCUCUGGUUACGCCCAAGUUCCCUAAGACAAUUGCAGUUCCUGGUGUCUGGCAAAUCGAGUGUCCAGCCUGCAAGUAUGCAGAUAACUUGAAGAAAUAUCUUUUGCGAGACACUGGUAAAGGGCUCACAGAUUGCAGAUUUCGCGUGCCAUUUCCUUUGCCUCACUUUCACCGCAAUAUCCCAGGUUAUGGUCCAGCAUAUGAUUUCGAUCUGCCUGUACACAAAUGGAAUUGCGCUGUUCCUGGUGUUUGGCAAAUCGAGUGUCCAGCUUGCAAGUAUACAGAUAACUUGAAGAAGUAUCUUUUGCGAGACACUGGUAAAGGGCUCACAGAUUGCAGAUUUCGAGUGCCAUUUCCUUUGCCUCACUUUCACCGCAAUAUCCCAGGUUAUGGUCCAGCAUAUGAUUUCGAUCUGCCUGUACACAAAUGGAAUUGCGCUGGGCAUUGCCAUUGUAAACAUGGAACACCACCAUUGGUUGGAACAAUGAUGCGGAAUGAUUACUCCUGCGAAAAUGCAAAAACCUGACCUUUGUCGUGAUCAAAUGCGAAGUUAGACAAAAAUUAAC